GACGACGACGAAGAAGAAGAACUGUAGCAGCAGCAGCAGCAGUAGCAGCAGCAGCUUCCUCUUCCAGGGCUGUUACUACGUCAUUUAUUGACGCCGUGUACAAUUUUAGCUAGCUCAGUGACCAUCUCUACGAACACAAGGACGCUAAAUCUGAAAUAAAAUUCAAUAAAAUGUAAAGUGACACGAACCAAUUGGUGACGCAAGGACUAUGGCACCACGCUUACAGUUGGAGAAAGCGGCUUGGCGUUGGGUGACAUCGGUAAAACCUGAAGAUAUCAGUCAAGAGCAUAUCGAGCUGGCGUACCGCGUCAGUCUUCCUGUCUGCAAGAGAGGAACCUGCAGGAGAAACUGCAAAGGAAACCCCAACUGUCUUGUUGGCAUUGGUGAACAGACGUGGCUUGGGGAGAUUGAUGAAAACGCAUUCCACAAUAUCGAUGACCCAAAUUCAGAACGUAGAGAUAAGAAUACGUUUGUUGGUUUGACCAACCUGGGAGCCACGUGUUACGUCAACACCUUCCUGCAAGUGUGGUUCCACAACCUUGAGUUACGAAAAAGCCUCUAUCAGUGCUACAAUUCCCGUGCACAGGAGCACAACAUAGAGUCAGAUUAUGAGCCUCAGUCCAUUUGUGAGCAUCUACAGUAUUUGUUUGCACUACUACAGAACAGCAACAGAAAAUACAUUGAUCCUUCGGGGCUGGUUAAAGCUCUUGGCCUAGACACUGGGCAGCAGCAAGAUGCCCAAGAGUUUUCAAAGCUCUUCUUGUCAUUGUUGGAGGACACGUUGUCCAAGCAGAAGAACCCCACCUUGCAAAAUGUCAUUCAGCAGCAAUUCUGUGGACAGUUCUCUUAUUUAACUGUCUGUGACCAAUGUGGACGAUCGUCUGCGCUGCCCUCCCGAUUCUACGAACUGGAAUUGAACAUUCAAGGCCACAAGAAUCUUACAGAAUGUGUUACAGAGUUUCUGAAGGAUGAGAAACUAGAUGGAGACAACCGCUACUUUUGUGAAACCUGUCAAAGUAAACAGAGCGCGACCCGGCGGAUCAGACUGCACAGUCUCCCGCCCACCCUCAACCUGCAACUCAUGCGCUUUGUCUUUGACAGACAAACCGGCCACAAGAAGAAACUCAACACCUACAUCAGUUUCCCCGAGCAACUCGACAUGGCGCCUUUUUUUGAAGUUACAAAAGAUCAGAAGUGUGUGUAUGAACUGAGCGCAGUGCUGAUCCAUCGUGGCAUCAGUGCCUACUCGGGACAUUAUAUCGCUCAUGUGAAAGAUGCUCGUACCAGUGACUGGUACAAAUUCAAUGAUGAAGAAAUUGAAAGGAUGGAAGGCAAGAAGCUGCAAUUGGGUACGGAAGAUGAUAUCGCUGAAACGGUAAAGUCUCAGACACGAAAACCCAAGUGCAGUAAAGGCUACCACUGCUCCCGAAAUGCCUACAUGUUGGUGUACAAGAUCCAGGAAGAGGAGCCCGUAGAUCCCUCCACGACUGUAGUUGAAGUUCCCGAGUUCCUUCAGAGGCUAGUGGACCAAGACAACCACAAAUUUGAAGAGUGGUGCAGUGAAAUGUCAGACAUGAGGAAACAGAGUGUGGAUAAGGGCAAAGCCAAGCACGAAGAAGUCAGGGAGCUGUACGAGCUGUUACCCGCUCCGGACGGAGAGCCUUACGAGUUUAUACCUCUGGAUUGGUUGAAGAAGUGGUUGGAUGACUCGACUGCCACCAAGAAAAUUGACAACUCGCAUUUCCUGUGUUCUCACGGCAAACUGCAUCCAGACAAAGUGGGAGACGCCAAGAGAGUUUCUCAGACAGCCGGGCGGGUCCUGUACGAACGCUACGGCGGGGGGCCGAGGCUGGACGGCUCUACUCUGUGCCGAGAGUGUGUGCAACAGCGAUGCAGGGUGCUGCGUCUGAAGAAUCAACUCAAUGAGGACUACAAGGAAGUGUCCAAUCUGGUCAAACGUACAAUCAGCGGAGAAGGUUUCUGGGUGGGCAAAGCCUCCCUGCGCAGUUGGAGGCAGUUGGCUCUGGAGCAACUGGAGAAGGAUGAACAUGAAAGCCAACCAAGCAAUGGUCAGAGCAAUGGCAAUGGACCACAUGGCAACAACAGCCACGAUUGCAGCCCUGACGUCUCCGAGGGCAACGAGGAGGAGAUGAAGACAUUUAAUGACGACAUUGUCUGCAGUCACGGAGGUCUGGGUAUUGUGGACACUGAACGCAAGCUUGUAUCUUCUGAAGUUUGGACCAAGCUUCGAGCAUACUUCCCCAAAGCCCUUGAAUAUACCCAAGACCAAAGUCCCUGUCCGCAGUGUCUGACACUGGAGCAGGAAGAAAAGGACAACGAAGCUGUGAGUAAAAUGAUGGCUCUGGACCAGAAGAACCAGCUACUCAACCUCUUCCAUGAGAAGAACCGGCCAACGCUCACCAAGUGGCCUCAGGACACAGACAUCCUCUACAUUGUUCCUCUGUUUUUUGUGGACGAGUGGAGAAAAUUUAUCAGGAGACCCACCAAAUCGUCCCCAGUGUCCAGCGUGGGCAACAGCCUCCUGGUAUGUCCGCAUGGAGGCUUCAUGUUCACCUAUGACUCCCUAAUCAACGGCGAUGCACAGCACAUUGCUCUGCUUUGGCCCAGUGAAUGGGAGGUCAUCAGCAAACUCUUCAUGGUGGACCAGCCCAUCUCCAUCCGCUGCUUCAAACAGACGACGCCCUCGGGUCCCACCGCCAAAUAUACCACUCAGCCCGAUCUCUGCUGGGAGUGCCGAGAGGGCUUCCUUUUCCAGCAACAGAAGGACCUCCGAGAGUACACCCAAGCCACAAUUUACAUCCGCAAAAUCGCAGAAGACAAAAGGAUGAUGAAAGAAGCAGUUCCAGAGAUGAACGCCAGCAGCUCCGAGGCGGAGGAGGAGAAGGAGGAGCAACCAAAGGUAGCUGGUGAGAGAGAUCCAGACUUCAGCCAGUCAGAAGAUGGUGCAAAGCGACUUAAACUAAGCGAGAGCAGCAUCCCAGAGGGAGUGGCUUCUCCAGAAAGCAACGCGACUAAACUGGGCGGAAUCAGGAGAAGCACUCGGCACCGGAAACUCCGAGGCGAAAAAGCCCUCAUUGUGUCUGCAAAUCAGACCCUCAAAGAGCUGAAAAUUCAGAUUAUGCAUGCCUUCUCGGUGGCGCCGUUUGACCAAAACCUCUCCAUUGAUGGGAAAAGUCUGACAAAUGACUCAGCCACAUUGGGCAGUUUGGGUAUCAUCCCAGAGUGUGUCAUCUCUCUAAAGGCUGAUGAGCCAAUAGCUGAUUAUGCAGCCCUGGAUGACGUCUAUCAAGCGGGAAUGCCAGAAGAGGGGUUUAAAGGCACUGGGCUUCUUGGUCAUUGAAGACAUUCUGUGCUGUAGCCGUAUUUGACUUGGACAAGAAAGGCCUGAACUUAUCAAGUGUUGUUAAGUGCUUUAAUUCCCCCCCCCCCCCCCCCCCCAAUAGCCAUUGUUAAAUGGUGACAGUGACAAUGCUCAAAGCCUAUUUUCUUCCUACUUAAGUCAUUGUUUCUAGACUCUUGUUGCACUUCUGCUUCAAUGCAGAUUAAGACAGUUAAGUGGAUAUGUGCCCCUUUUGUUUGUUUUUUCUUCAUUUUAAAUUAUGGAAUAAAUGACAGUGUUCUGUUCCAAGGUGUGGAAACUCAUAUUCUCACUUGAGAUGAUCAAGGUGUGUUACAUGAAUGCACAUUAUGUAUGAUUGUUACCUCACCGUAUGUAUAGCAGUUAUUUCCUACAGAAAUGUUAGCAAUGCAAACUCUAUUGGUUGAACGUUUGAAUCUGUAUGCAAACAGUGAUGUGUACUGUUAUUUUCACUGUUUUUUCUUAUUGACAAUAAAGUUAUUUUUCAAAUCAUU